CGGUCCUCCCGUCAGCACAGUGGAGGAGCGGUGACGCGUUUAGAUCACCAAUGCAAAUUAGACCGAGGACCCCUCCUCCUCCUCCUCCCCAUCACCUCCUCUCCUCUUCUCUCUCUCUCACCAACACACACACACACACACACUGCCUGUGCUUUAUAUCGCCGUGCCAGCCUUUCAGAGCGACGGAGAGCAGCACUGACUGGCUGAGAGAGAGAAAGAGAGGGGGAGAAAGAAAGAGAGAGAGAGAGAGAGAGCUUAUAUAACACCAGCUCUGGGAAAUGCUGGAGAGCCGGGGGGACGUUUACUGGACAAUAAGCGGAGAAAACAGCGAUCACAACGGCCAUAAACUGAUAAGUGAUCGCACGGUACAAGGAUGCCGUGCAUACCACUCCGCUGCUGAAGCUUUUCCUCAAGGAUCAUCCUGGAAUCAGCGACCACAGCCUUGGAUACUGCAUCCCUCUCUUCCGUAGCACAUUCAUUGUUCCCGCGCUGCUGUUGGACACUGUGGCAAUGAAGGACCCAGACAUGAUGUGUACACCAUUGCCAGAUAAUGCCACUUUUUCUGAGAUUAUGAAGUUGUAAGUAGGUUACAGAUCCAUCCUCUUGUUCCUAAUCCAUGAAAUGGCCUUCCACUGAGGUGAGAGACGGUAAACCGUGUGGGAAUGGUGGCACCUCUCUACAAGCUGCACUGCCUCUUGAAGCGGGCUCAGAUGCUGCUGCUCUGCCUGGGCAUCGCCUAUCUGAUGGCAGGCAGCAUCCUCCUCUUGCAGCGCUCCAGCGUCAGAGUCGCCCAGCCAAACCUCGCCAGCCUGCCGCCCAUGCUGUCCCUUGCAGCACCUCCUACCUCCCUCAGGGCUGCAGGCCUGGGCAUGAGGGCACGCUCCAGAUGGGCCACCAUUCAGUCUGUGUCCGGAGGGGGAGCCAAGGCAGGGCGACACUGGCCCACUUCCCGGAGCCUUGGGGUCCAACACUUGCAUCGCCGCUGGUUUCACAGUCUGCUGCCAGAGAGUCCAGAGCAGAGAGUCUCUCUCCACAGGAGCAGCAAACACAAAGGAACCUACAUGGGAUGCUUUCUGCACAAUGCCAGUGAUCGCGCCCUGGGAGGAACCAUGCUUUAUGACCUGCGCAAAAUGACCAGUUCUCUGUGUCAGGACACCUGCUCAGAAAGUGGGUACCAGUUUGCAGGCCUGGAGUACGGAGCUGAAUGCCACUGCGGGAACCGUAUCAGUAGCCCACGGGCUCCCGAGGAGGACUGCAGUCUGGUGUGUCGGGGUGAGAGGGGGUCUCCGUGUGGUGGCGUGGGCCGACUCUCCAUUUACAAGGUGGAGGAGCAGCUGCCAGGUCACAGAAAAUUCAGAAAUGUCCACUACCGUGGCUGCUUCAAGUUGCUGAAGAGCACAGUCGGCACAUUCCCUGUCUACUCCUUUCAACCCAACCUAACAACACAGUCCUGCAUCGAGACCUGCACUGAUAAGGAGCUCCCACUGGCUGUGUUCAAGAAGCCGAACUGUUUCUGCACGUGGACGUCGUCUCUUUUCAGUCUCAACCAGCAGUCUGACAACCAGCAGUGUGUGGGGAAUACUGCUGCGAACCACACCAGCAACUCCACACUUGCAGCACCCACUGAGCAUGACGGCUACCAGGUGUAUAACACACCUGUGCUUGACUCCAGGUGCAAAGAGAGAAUGUUUCUGCCUCAGAGAUCCAGCUCCCUGGUGGCUCUUUCUAGUUUUCCUGGUGCAGGCAACACCUGGGUACGGCACCUGAUCGAGCUCGUGACUGGCUACUACACUGGCAGCUUCUAUUUCGACGGCACGUUAUACAACAGAGGUUUCAAAGGAGAGAAGGACUACUGGAAGAGUGGCCGCAGCAUUUGCAUAAAGACCCAUGAGAGUGGUCAGAAAGAGAUUGAGAUGUUCGAUUCUGCCAUCCUGCUGAUUCGCAACCCUUACCGCUCCCUCAUGGCUGAAUUCAACCGCAAGUGUGCUGGACAUUUAGGACACGCCACAGAUACACAGUGGAAAAGUAAAGAAUGGCCAGAGUUUGUCUCCAGCUAUGCCCCCUGGUGGGCAUCCCAUGCUCUGAGCUGGCUGAAAUUUGGACGCCGCCUGCUGGUGGUGCAUUAUGAGGAGCUGCAGAGAGCUCUUCUCCCUCAGCUCCAUCUAAUCACAAGCUUUCUAAAUGCCACUAUGACUGAGGAGAGGCUGCUUUGUGCCCAGAGCAACCAGGACGGGCAUUUCAAACGCUCGGUGGCACAGCAGCCCUCAUUUGACCCAUUCACCCCUGACAUGAGAGAGAUGAUUGACUCCUUCAUUCACACUGUCGACCAGGCACUGCAGAGCAGGAACUUUAGCGGACUUCCACAGGAAUACCUUCCCAGAUGAUGAUCUCAAAGGUCACAAAUGCCUGGUCCAGCAGGGGUUUGUGAGAGGGACGUUAUUCACCGAGUGCUCUGUGGGGAACAGACACACACUGGCUGAUGGAAGUGAACCACCUGACUCUUUGAUAAGCCAGGCGCACUGUGAUUGGCUGUGGAGUCAUGGAAACACAGUGGAGGUCACUGAAGAAAACAUGACAAUUCAUUGUGAAAUCCAAUGGUGAACAGUGAUGAAAGCCUCGAGGCCGAGGACUGCCUGUCUGAGAGCAGCAAAUAGGACGAAUACUCAGAGAGGAUUUGACACGAUUUGUUGGCCUGCAGCGUUGGGAUUAUCCAGCAAAGUGCCGACUGCACAAAUAUGAGUGUGUAAAUCCAGGACGGACUCAUUUUGGUUAAAGAGAGUUUUUCUGUGACUCUUUAUAAUUUCACUUUAGUUCAUAUAAAUAGUGUUUCUAGCAUACAUCUAUGUUAAUAAAAAUGACCUGUCAUACUAACACAGAUGAUAAACACAGAAUCAUUACCCUGAUUAUACAGCGUUUCUAUGGGCAUCCACCGGUUGCUAUGUCUCAAGAUCAUGAUGGAUAAAAGCCUUAAUGCUGUUUCAUGUGAAUGAACGGACUCUCCAUACAAGCUGUUUGACUGUACAUGAACAAAGACAUAUGUUGAUUACAGCAAAACUGCUUUCAACCAUAAAUGGAACCCAGUUGUUUCAUUUAUGAGCAUUUUAUUUUAUUAAAUGCAUUCAGUUUGAAUUGA